CUUACUAUGUAGCUUGUCAAUACAUGCAGAACCUACCGAUCUUGCGGGAUUGAUAGAAGCUAUCAUGUCUUUCUGGGAGAAAGCUACCACUGUCGAGAAAGUGGACUCCAAAACAUACUCCUGCAAUUUAUUGGACGACUGGACCAUCGGAACUGUUCCGAACGGCGGCUAUGUAACGGGAUGCAUACUGCAGGUUGUGUUUACGCAUUUCAGCACUGCACUAGCAAAGCAGAACCAACCGCAUACGAUCGCUCUCCACGUCGAAUUCCUGCGGAGAACUCAAAUCGGGCUAGCAAUAUUCAAAAUCGAUGAGGUCAAGCUUGGAAGGCAAACAUCCAUUGUACAUGUGCGCAUGUCCCAGGAAGGGAGGGAGGAGGUCAUCGCCUAUGUAACCAACUCAAACAUGGAUACCGAGGAAGGCCUCACAUUCGAUACAGGGUAUUCACUACGACCACCACCUCCUCCAGUAGACCUGGAAAAGCUGCAAGAGGACAAGGAUGAGAAUUGGAGUAGACAAGAAAUUCCGUUUCCAAAGUUCAGGAAAGCUUCGGCAAGAGUGCAGUGGCAUUUUCCGCGGAAAGGACAAGCUAUGAAGAGUCUGGCAGACGAAUGGCUGUGUUUCACAGACGGGUCUAACUUCACAAAUACCAGUCUCGGGUUUGUUGCCGAUAUGUUUCCACAGAUUAUCGAGUCGUACAGAGACCAAAGCCAGGGACCUUUCUGGUACCCAACGUUACUACUAAACCUGGACAUCAAGAAAGUUCUGCCUCCAGAAGGGGUCAAGUGGCUAGCUUUACGAGUGCAGCUGAAGAAGAUCAAGAACGGGAGGAUGGAUUUGGAAGUUCAUAUUCAUGAUGCUGAGGGCGAUCUGGUGUGUCUCAGCCACCAUGUCGGCUUUGUAGUGGAUGCAGCAAGGAAUUUAGCCGAGCGGAGGAAGCCGGAUACUAAGCUAUAGCCUUUCCAUGAAGGUCAAGAACUGGAGAAUGUAUUUGGAAAUUCACGUUUAUGGUGAUGAGGGCGAUCUAGUGUCUUAACCACCAUGUCGGCUUUAUGAUGGAUCAGGCAAUGAAUAUGGCUGAGUAGAG